GCGCAGUGCUGCGCAAACAAGGCGCCUUUCUGACGUCCUCGAGCGCCACACGACCUCCCACAAUCCACCGCGGUCUACCACAUUCGGAUAUACUACUCUAGUGUCAAAUCCAAGAUGGCACUUCACAGAUUGUUCCAGCUGUCCUCCAUGCUGCGCUCCUCCGUGAACCUGACGCUGCGCAGGAACAUCGGCCUCUCUGCUGUGGUCUUCAACCGGGCCAAGGACCUCGACCCAAUCCAGAAACUGUUCCUGGACAAGAUCCGGUCCUACAAAACCAAGAGCCGGGCGUCUGGUGGGGUUGUGGACGGAGAUGCCUCCUACGAUAAGAACGUGUCCGAUGAGAUUUUCAAACUGCAGAGGCUUUAUGGCGGAGGGGACCUCGACAAGUUCCCUGAAUUAAAAUUCACAGACCCCAUGUACGAUGAAGUGGCCAAGUGAAUGCUGUCCAUGUUGUGUACCUUCUACAUGUCACAAAUAUGUUGUAUUUAAUAAAAAGAUAUUGGAUUGAA